AUGACGUCUCGGUCGGUCCUGCUCCACGCACUCGUCUUGCUCGUCGCCCUCAUGGCAUCCGCCCACGCAGCUUCCAGCUUCAUCUUCGAUAUGGAUGCGGCCGUGGAGGAGGAGUGUUUCCUCGAGAACUUGGACGCGCGCUCGUCCCAGAACAAGCUGCUUUUUCGCUUCGAGAUCCUCGAGCCAACGACCUAUGACGCUGUUGACGUGGCGAUUCGGUCGCCGACUGGCCGUAUCGUCGAGAGCUGGAACAAGACGACCCGCGCACACACGUCCCAGGCGGUUCGCGAGAGCGGCGUCUACCAUUUUUGUUUCUCCAAGCUCCCGGCGUCGUCGCGACGGAUCACUGUCUCAUACGCCUUUGACUUUCUCUCGGUUGGCAGUCGCAUCAUGACGGGCAAGCCGACUAAAAUGGCAUUUGUCGAGUUCUCGCUUGCUGGAGUUUCCAAGGGCCUUGUGGGUGAAAAGACGCGCAUCAUGCUGUCCUUCUCCGUCGAAUACACGUCGCAGCUGUCGAUGGACAUGACGCUGUCGCACGUCAAGGGCGGGCUCAAGCACCCAAUGAGUUGGGAGUCCAUGGAGCACCACGUCGAAUCCUUCCAGGCGUCGAUUCUUCAAGGCGCGCGCGCCGAAACCGGCGGCAUCCUCUCGUUUGACGUCACGGACCUCGUGAGCGAUACGCUGCGUGCUGGUGGCCAAAGUCUCGCCUUCUCGGUGCAAUGCGAUGAAGAUGCCUCCGCGCGCCUCAGCGGUAUGGUUGGAUCGCCCGUCGAUCACUGGCCCAUCAUCACAUACGAAGAAAUUGGGCUUCACGUCAUGGUUGAGAUCGCCGCGUUCAAGACGCGCGUGUGGGACCUUAAGGGUCAACUGAGCUCCAUCUUGCAAAAUGAGCGGAGCUCGCGCAACGUCGCCGAGAGCGCCAAUUCGUCCGUCUUCUCGAUGAACAUCAUCGUCAACCUGGUGCUCGUGGCGAUGGGGGUCGCACAGGUGUUUUAUGUGCGGAAACUCCUCGGCUCGGGCUACUGAGGUCCGUCGCUCGAUGCGCCUCUAAUACAUGUCGCUCUGUCAUCUCUCUCGUCAACGCUGCUGGCUUAUCA